UAUUUGUUUAUUAUCGUGUCGCUCAUAUGCUUUUCCGACAGGUGCAGUAGAUGCUGAACAACACUUCCAUGAUUUUGUUAUUACAGGGCGCAUGAACAUAACAGUGUAUGCGUUUCCCUUGGUAAAGUUUUCUACAGUAAUGAAACGAGAGCAAUACUGUACAACGGAUUACCUUUUUGAAACUCCAGCCAACAAAAAGAUUCUUCUUUCUCACAUAUUUUUUUCAUGACCAUUUCGCUGCUGAUCACAAAAAGCGACAACUUCACGGUGGACAAAAUGGGCUACGAGAGCGGGUUGCCGUUGGGAACAUAUGAAAGUUACCACAAUAAAAAUAGUGAAAAGUUCUUACUGGACAUUGGCUACAAACCAGAGUUGGCAAAAACGGCUUCCGAAAGAAACAGUCGUUUAAAGAUCUGGAAAGUACCUUCCGCCGUUAAUGAAUACGUCCUAGAAGUGGAGCUCCCCGGUACGAAUAUCCAUCCGUGGUACGCCCACUUUCAGUUGGACGCCAUUGGGCAUGGCCGGACGCUGCUGCGGUGGGCGGGGAAAAGCAAUACGUCCGAGACGCAGAAUUCCGUUCUGGAUACAUUCCAGUGGAACGAAAAGAAAAGGGAUUUAUACCAAAUUUGCGAGAAAACCGUUGGGAUAAUUUACUAUAUCCAUUAUACGUUUAGCGACUGUGGCGACCAUCUUAUUGUUACUCGCCAUGGUCCGAAUGUUUAUGAUGAAGUGAAAUACCGGCGCAUCUCGUCCACUCCAUAACUUCAUGCUUCUUUAAUUUCCAUUUUUGAUUAUAGAAUAAUUUUUUGACAAACAGUAAUCGAUGCGCACAAUGAGCAAAAAGAGAAAAACCACCAGGUUAAUUAAAAUGUUCAAGGGAAAACUCUUAAA